AUGGCUCUGGAGACGGUGCCCAAGGACCUGCGGCACCUGCGGGCUUGUUUGUUGUGUUCGCUGGUCAAGACUAUAGACCAGUUUGAAUAUGAUGGUUGUGACAAUUGUGAUGCAUACCUUCAAAUGAAGGGUAACCGAGAGAUGGUAUAUGACUGCACCAGCUCUUCCUUUGAUGGAAUCAUUGCAAUGAUGAGUCCAGAGGACAGCUGGGUCUCCAAGUGGCAGCGAGUCAGUAACUUUAAGCCUGGUGUGUAUGCAGUGUCAGUCACUGGUCGUCUGCCCCAAGGAAUCGUGAGGGAGCUGAAAAGUCGAGGAGUGGCCUACAAAUCCAGAGACACAGCUAUAAAGACCUAG